UAUCAACAGACCCAGAUUAUUACGCACCUGCGCAGUGCUGUGCAUACCAACACAGAUGCUAGAGUAGUUUGACGGCGUAAACGAAAAGCACAUCUUCGGCAUCAAAAUGAUGCUUUCAAGGCAAAAGCCGGCCAUUGGGCCUGGCUCAACUACACCUGCAAAAGAAAACAAGAAAAAGAAGAAGUUACCCAAAUUAGAAGAUUUCUUGAGUUCCAGAGAUUAUACUGGUGCAAUAACUUUAUCAGAGUUCAACAGAAUCAGUGGAAAAGGAAAUGAAGAAACAGAUCUCUGGAUAGCCUACUGUGCAUUUCACUUGGGAGAUUACAAACGUGCUAUGGAGGAAUAUGAGAGAAUGACAAAGCGAGAUGGCUGUCAUCCAGAUGUAUGGAUCAAUCUAGCUUGUUGUUACUUUUUCCUUGGGAUGUAUACAGAAUCUGAUAAGGCUGCUCAAAGAGUUCUAGACCCCAAUGUUCCCUUAGAGACUAAAUUGCCACAUUGUCCAAAGAGCAGACUGCAGAACCGACUGGGCUUUCAUCUGUCCCAUAAGUUUAAUGAAGAGAAGCGGCUGAUGUCCUACCACCAGAACCUACAGGACAUAGUGGAGGACCAGCUGUCUCUGGCCUCUAUACACUACCUCCGCAGUCAUUACCAGGAGGCCAUCGACAUCUACAAGAGGAUUCUCCUAGACAACAGAGAUUACCUGGCCCUGAAUGUAUAUGUGGCCCUAUGUUACUACAAACUUGACUACUAUGAUGUCUCACAGGAGGUGUUAGCAGUGUAUCUACAACAAUACCCUGACAGUGCUAUAGCCCUCAACCUAAAGGCCUGUAAUCACUUCAGACUGUACAACGGAAAGGCCGCAGAGGCUGAGUUAAAGAGUUUACAAGAAAUGUCAACUCCAUCAUUUGUGUUCGCUAGAGAUCUCAUCAAACAUAACAUGGUUGUUUUCCGAGGAGGAGAAGGGUCCCUACAAGUGCUACCCCCUCUCAUAGAUGUCAUCCCAGAGGCUCGACUCAACCUUGUCAUCUAUCACCUCAAACAAGAUGAUAUUGCAGAAGCUUACAACCUGAUUAAGGAGCUGGAACCAACGACUCCUCAGGAGUACAUACUGAAGGGUGUGGUCAAUGCAGCCCUUGGGCAGGAGCAGGGCUCGAAGGAGCACCUAAAGAUAGCCCAGCAAUACUUCCAGUUAGUAGGGGGAUCAGCCAGUGAAUGUGAUACCAUUCCUGGGAGACAGUGUAUGGCGUCCUGUUUCUUCUUACUCAGACAGUUUGAGGAUGUCUUAAUCUACCUCAACUCGGUGAAAAGCUAUUUCUACAAUGAUGACCUGUUCAACUUUAACUACGCUCAGGCCAAAGCUGCAGUAGGAAACUACAAGGAGGCUGAGGAGGUGUUCCUGUUGAUUCAGAUGGAGAAGAUAAAAAAUGAUUAUACCUAUCUGAGCUGGCUGGCUAGAUGUUAUAUAAUGAACAGGAAGGCACGCCUGGCGUGGGAGUUGUACCUGAAGAUGGAGACGUCGGGAGAGUCCUUUAGUCUGCUCCAACUUAUCGCCAAUGACUGCUACAAGAUGGGUCAAUUUUACUAUGCUGCUAAAUCAUUUGAUGUACUUGAACGACUUGAUCCUAACCCUGAGUACUGGGAGGGAAAGAGAGGAGCUUGUGUUGGCGUUUUCCAACUCAUCAUAGCUGGACAUGAACCAAGAGAUACGCUGAGGGACGUCAUCAACAUGCUGAGGAACUCCAGCAACGCUCAGGUGGAAUAUAUGGUCAGAACCAUGAAAAAGUGGGCCAAAGAAAACCUAGUGGCCAUCCCAUAGGAUCACACGAAACAUCAGUACUGAACAUAUUUUUAUCAAGUUUUGCAUCUGUGAUAAUUAUAAAACAACAUCUGUGGCGUGUUGGACAAGAGACAUAACAAAACGACCACUGUGGUUUGUUACAAAGGACACAUUAAAUCUAGACCUUUGAAUCUGAAUGAAUUAACAUGAUUUAGGUUUUAAACCCAGUGUAACCCAUGUAAGAUAGUAUGUUGAGAUAUUGUUACGUUAGGACUAGGGCUUUUUUACUGAAGCUGCUCCAGAAGUAAACAUGUGCAUGUUGAACGAAAUUCUGUUAUCUUAAGUGUUUUGCAUGUCCUUUGUACAUGUAAUCAUUAUCUGAUGAUGGCCAUAUAUGUCUCAUUAAGACGGUGAUAAAAUGAACUUUUAAGAUUAAAAUAAUAAUAAAAAAGAUCAAUUCAGCAAGAUCCUCUUGUCAAGUAAACAUAGAUGUAGUUUGAAUACUCUUGAUUUUUAAAAUGAAUGUAUGAUGUCUCACAGACCUACACAACCUCCAAGGUAAUCUUUGAAUCUCUUUUGAACAGUAUGGAUAUUUGAUGUACAAAUGUAUGUCCAAAAGAGCUGCAUAUUGAGGAUAACUCUGGACAUAUUGUUCAAGCUGGUACUAGUGUCACAGAGGUUUGGUAUGUUAUAUGUAACUUGAUAAUGAUCAAGGGAAGUUCAACAGACUUCAGGGCUCAAUAUACUUAAUUAUACUAAGUUCAAGAUCAGUUUAUGAUGUUACAUUUCCAGAACAGUUUGAGAUCCAUGUAUACUGAAACAAUGUAUAUUGAAAGUGUUGGGCCAAUAUAUUUGGAUAGGAUUUGUUCAGUUUGAAAUAGGAAAUUUUAUAAAGUUGAUCCUGACAGAUUGGCAAAAAAAAAAAAAGAAAAAAAAAGUGAAAUCUGUCAGGGAAAAAAAUGAUAUUGUACAACUAAUGUAUUUGUAUUUUGUUUUUACUUGUGUGUGAAUGAUAAAAGAUCCGUCCAUUUUGAUACGUAAAAGCAACAUUCCAUGUGAAGAUAAAUUAUUUAUUAUAUGUAUGUCCUUUAUAAAUCAGAAUAUUUUGAAAAUAAAAUAUCUGAUAAUUCAUUUUCCAGGAGUUUUUUUUUUUUUUUUCAUUGUUAAAGUUCUGUACCUCCGUAAUUCAUGGUUUAGUACAUCGUCGGUACUCCCACGAUCUGUUUUCGCAAAGCUGGUCAAACGAGGGAAACGUAGAAAAGAUCCCUUAGACAUGAUUUUUGGUGUACUGCAUGAGCAUGUAGGGAAACACAGACUUCAGUUUUGAUUGAGAAAAUCACAACUCAAAAGUCAAACCAGUAUGCACAAGAACAUAUUUAUUCACUCAACGAAUUGGAUAAAACUCUCCUUGGAAAGCACAUAAUCAGAAGAGAAUAUAUGCUACAGAAGAGAUACAGGGAUCACCAAGAACAGUGAAACCUGAUUGGUAGUAGGUCGUUAAUGGUAGGAAGUGCAUUGUCACCAACUUGUCGGAUUGUUACUAUUCAAUAACCAUAACCUUUGUUACUCUUCAAUCUAUUGGUAUAUUUCCAUUGUGAGCUAGAAAGCAUUUUUAGUAUUAUAUCAGGUACUAAAAUGCUACACUUCGUAAAAAAUAUAACUUUCAUAUAUUUUUGAGACGGAAAAAGUAAUUCUAUUUAACAGUUUACAUUAAGGCAUGUCAAUUCAUAUACAUGUACAAUAAUAUACUGGGAAAAAAAAUCACACCGAUAAAUCAUAUUUACAAUAAUAUCAAAUGUACAUAAUGGAAUACAGAAAUAUAUAAAUACAGGAUUCAUACACUUAACAUGUAAAGCUGACACGACAACAUUAAAAUGUAAAAUAAAUUAAACUGAAUCGGUAUGGGUGUUACACAGUAUAGAUUCUACUACGGCAACAAAACGGCCAAAUACGCCAGCAAGCCCAACAUAUCUACAUGUUUUACAAAAAAAAAAAAAAAAA